GGAGCCUGCAAGUGGUGAGGACAGGAACCUCCUAGAGACCAAACCCACUUCCUAUUGCACUCCCCACUGGUGGCAAGAAGGGAGGGGAACUGAGUAUAUGACAGAAUAUAUGGGACUGACUGGGCAUCCAGAUACAUGAGAUCCAGCUGAGCAGUGAUCUGCCCACCUUCUGGAGUCAUCCUUUCCACUCAAGAUCCCAGCAUUCCUGCAGGAAGCUUAGGGAGAGGUCUGUCCACUGCUCUCCACGGCCCUACUUCCCAACCCCCAGCAUCCCAGUCCAGCAAUCAUGGAGGAAGAGGAAGGUCCUGAGUUUGGGAAACCGGACUUUGUUCUACUAGAUCAAGUGACCAUGGAGGACUUCAUGAACAAUCUAAAAACCAGGUUUGAAAAAGGCCGGAUCUACACAUAUAUCGGGGAGGUGGUAGUAUCUGUGAACCCAUACCGGGAGCUGCCCCUGUAUGGACCAGAGGUGAUUGCUAAGUACCAAGGUCGAGAGCUUUAUGAGCGGCCCCCCCACCUCUAUGCUGUGGCUGAUGCUGCUCAUAAAGCCAUGAAGCGCAGGGCCAAGGACACCUGCAUUGUCAUCUCAGGGGAGAGUGGGGCAGGCAAGACAGAAGCCAGCAAGCACAUCAUGCAGUACAUUGCCGCCAUCACCAAUCCCAGUCAGAGGGCAGAAGUAGAGAGGGUCAAGGAUGUGUUGCUAAAAUCAACAUGUGUGCUAGAAGCCUUUGGCAAUGCUCGCACCAACCGCAACCACAACUCCAGCCGAUUUGGCAAGUACAUGGACAUCAACUUUGACUUCAAGGGAGACCCAACAGGGGGCCAUAUCCACAGCUACCUGCUGGAGAAGUCUAGAGUCCUUAAGCAGCAUUCUGGGGAGAGAAACUUCCACUCAUUCUACCAGCUGCUGAGGGGGGCCAAAGAUGAGCAGCUCCAGGCUCUGAACUUGCAGAGGGACCCAUCUAUAUAUAUCUUUACCCAGCAAGGGGCAGGACUCAGUUCCUCAGACAGUGAUGAGGCGAACUACCGGGCUGUAAUCCAGGCCAUGAAGAUUAUUGGCUUUAGCCCUGAUGAGAUAGACUGUGUGCACCGGAUCCUCGCAGCCAUCUUGCACUUGGGCAAUAUUCAGUUUGUGGAAACCGAAUCAGGAUUGGAGGUGGAAGAGAAGAUGCUGGUGGACCAUGUGGCAAGAUUGACAGCCACACCUCCGGAGCUGGUGAUGCGUUCCCUCCUGUCUCGAACUGUAGCCUCUGGGGGUCGGGAGCUCAUUGAGAAGGGCCACAGUGCCCCAGAGGCAAGAUACGCUCGGGAUGCUUGUGCCAAGGCAAUAUAUGAACGGUUGUUUGGCUGGAUUGUGGGGCGCAUCAAUGAAGUGAUGGAAGCACGAGGGCGGGAUCCCCGGCGAGAUGGCAAGGAUACUGUUAUUGGAGUGUUGGACAUCUAUGGCUUUGAGAUCUUCCCUGAUAACAGCUUUGAGCAAUUCUGCAUCAAUUACUGCAAUGAGAAACUCCAACAGCUCUUCAUACAGCUUAUCCUGAAGCAGGAGCAGGAGGAAUAUCAGCGGGAGGGCAUCACCUGGCAGAACAUUGAAUAUUUCAAUAAUUCAGCCAUUGUGGAGCUGGUAGAGCGGCCCCAUCGGGGCCUGCUGGCCAUACUGGAUGAAGCCUGUACCACCGUGGGUACUGUGACAGACCGCCUAUUCCUUCAGAGCAUGGACACCCACCACCGACAUCAUCCCCACUACACCAGCCGCCAGCUCUGUCCCACAGACAAGACUAUGGAGUUUGGCAGAGAUUUCCGCAUUAAACAUUACGCUGGGGAUGUCACGUACUCCGUGGAGGGCUUCAUUGACAAGAACAAAGAUUCUCUUUUCCAGGAUUUUAAAAGGCUCCUGUACAACAGCACAGACCUUACCCUACGUGGCAUGUGGCCUGAUGGACAGCAGGACAUCACUGAAGUCACCAAGCGUCCCUUGACAGCUGGAACACUCUUCAAGAACUCCAUGGUGGCACUGGUGGAAAAUCUAGCAUCCAAGGAACCCUACUAUGUGCGCUGCAUAAAACCCAAUGAAGAAAAGUGCCCUGGCCGGCUAGAUGAGGAACGCUGCCGACACCAGGUGGCUUAUCUGGGGCUGCUGGAGAACGUGAGGGUGCGAAGGGCUGGCUUUGCAUCUCGCCAACCCUACCCCCGAUUCUUGCUCAGGUACAAAAUGACCUGUGAAUAUACUUGGCCUAACCACCUGCUGGCCUCGGACAAGGCAGCCGUGGGGGCCCUCAUCGAGCAGCACGGCUUCCAGGGAGACGUGGCCUUUGGACACAGCAAGCUCUUCAUCCGCUCACCCCGCACCUUGGUCUCCCUGGAGCAGAGCCGGGCCCAGCUUAUCCCCAUCAUCGUUCUGCUGCUGCAGAAGGCCUGGCGGGGGACCCUGGCAAGGCGUCGGUGCCAGCGCAUGAAGGCUGUCUAUACCAUCAUGGGCUGCUUCCGGCGGCACAAGGUCCGCACCCACCUCACUGAGCUGCAGAACCGCUUCCAGGCCGCCCGCCACCCCCCCUUGUAUGGGCGAGACCUGGUCUGGCCUACGCCCCCUGCUGUGCUCCAACCUUUCCAAGACACCUGCCAGGGGCUCUUUCGAAGGUGGCGGGCACGACAGCUGGUGAAGAACAUCCCCCCUUCGGACAUGGCUCAGAUUAAGGCUAAGGUGGCAGCCAUGGGCGUGCUCCAGGGCUUGCGCCAGGACUGGGGGUGUUGCCGAGCAUGGUCACGGGACUACCUCUCUUCGACUACUGACAACCCUACAGCAGCAGCCCCCUUUGCUCAGCAGCUGAAGAACUUGCAAGAAAAGGAUGGUUUCAGAAAUGUGCUCUUUUCCAGUCAUGUCCGAAAGAUAAACCGAUUCAACAAGAGCAGAGACCGGGCACUGUUGCUCACAGACAAGCACCUUUACAAACUGGAACCCAGCAAACAGUACCGUGUGAUGCGGGCUGUUCCUCUGAGCCAUGUGACUGGGCUGAGUGUGACAAGUGGUCAGGACCAACUGGUAGUACUACAUGCCAAGGGCCAGGAUGAUUUGGUAGUAUGUCUUCAUCGAACUCAGCCUAAAAUGGACAAUCGCAUUGGGGAGCUGGUGGGCAUGCUGGCUGGACACUUCCAGGGAGUGGGGCAGGACCUGCACGUACAGGUUUCGGACUGCAUCCAGCUGAACCAGCGUGGACGCCGGCGCCAUGUCUCCGUGGAGACCAAACCCGAUCUGCUUGGGCCAGACUUUCGACGUAGCCGUGAUGGUUUUGUCCUCCUUUGGCCAAGUUGUUGAGUCUUUCCACCGUUGUGCCAAGAUUCUCCUGGCCUAAGUAUGGAGACCAUGUCACAAGAAGAUUUUUAAAAAUUCAC